GCGCGCUGGCUGAGUGCACGCAGAAAGCAGCUACGCAGGAGAGAGGGGCAGAAGCCGAAUGGUGGAGCUGAAGAUGGCGGAUGGCGACAGCGGGAGUGAGCGCGGUGGUAGUAGCGGGGGAGGAGGUGGAGGCGGCUUCCAGCACUUCCAGAGGGACCAGGAGACCCAGGAGCUGGCGUCCAAGCGCCUCGACAUCCAGAACAAGCGCUUCUAUCUGGACGUCAAGCAAAACAGCAAGGGCAGGUUCAUCAAAAUCGCCGAAGUGGGGGCCGGGGGCUCCAAAAGUCGCUUGACCCUCUCCCUGUCGGUGGCGGCCGAGUUCCGUGACUACCUCGGGGAUUUCAUCGAGCACUACGCCCAGCUGGGGCCUAGCAGCCCGGAGCAGAUAGCACAGGCUACCGCGGGUGAGGACGGCGGGCCUAGGCGAGCUCUGAAGAGCGAGUUUCUCGUCCGGGAAAACCGCAAAUACUACCUGGACUUAAAGGAGAACCAGCGGGGGAGGUUCCUGCGGAUCCGGCAGACCGUAAACCGUGGACCGGGCUUUGGAGUUGGGGGCCCUGCGGGCGGCAUGCUGUCCGGCCAAACCAUAGCCCUUCCGGCCCAGGGGCUAAUAGAGUUUAGAGACGCCCUUGCUAAGCUCAUAGAUGACUACGGGGGAGACGACGAGGAGCUAGCCGGGGGCACAGCCGCCGGGGGCUACAGCGAGCUCCCCGAGGGCACCUCCAUCAUGGUGGACUCCAAACGGUUCUUUUUCGACGUGGGGUCCAACAAAUACGGAGUGUUCCUGCGCGUGAGCGAGGUGAAGCCUAGCUACAGGAACUCUAUCACCAUCCCGUUCAAAGCCUGGAGCAAAUUCGGCGGAGCUUUCAGCAGAUACGCCGAGGAGAUGAAAGAGAUCCAGGAGAGGCAGAGGGAUAAAAUGUACGAGAGGAGAGACGAGUCCGAGGGAGACGACGUGGACGACGACUGAUGAAAAUUAAAAUGAAACAGCUGUUAGUCCAGUUACACGACACAUCUGCAGUAUAGGGGUAUUUUGCAUAAAAGAGGAAAAGAAAGUGCAUGCCAAAACGUGCUGUAAUAGCCUACUAAAGUUGGCGUUAAAACAAAAAAAAAAAAAAAAAAAAAAAAAAGAGUACAUGUGCAGGGAAUUAUUGGUGUAGUAUCCUAAAGUUUGUAGGUUUGAGGGGUUGGAGGGAUUGUGUGAAUCUCUGAAAGUGAAAAAAAGAGGGACUAAAUGUGUAAAAUGAGAUAUCUCAUUGGGGGAAGAAAAAAAAAGAUUGCUUUAUUGUAAAAAAUAAAAUAGGAAAGAGAGAACCUACUAAAACCAGCAAAUUGGUUUUUAUAACAAAAAAAAAAUGAAGCCAAUGAAUGCUUUUCCUAUUUGCAACAUAGUUUAUAUUUAAAAAUAGUCAGGAGUCAACCUGUUUAAGAUGUUUUCCUUGCUCCAGUUUAAGGAGAGAGAACUAGCAUCCAUUGUAUUCCUGUUCCAGUCCAGGUCUCUACUCAGUGGGCAGAUUGUGGGAUUUUUGCAAGUCAGUCAGACGAACCAUGAGAGGAAUGUAUAGAAAAAUCUGCCGUCACUCCGUGGAUGUUUUGCAUUCAGUAUAGCAGCAGAUUCAGAGCAGAGGGAGCCUUGCAGCAGCGUGCAGUUAAUCGAAAAGAUUAGCCAAAAUAUAAGGGGGAAGUUACUGAGAGGAUUAUCAUUUUAAGCCCAAACAACAAGGGCCGUGUGGACUAAACUUACGCUUUGACUCCAGUAGUCAAUUACAGUGUGGAUCAGCUGGGUUUUAUGUUAUACAUACAAUCUUUAGCAGUGUUUUCAAAGCAUAGUUCAUAUUGUUUUCGGUAAGAUUCACUUUCCUCACGCCAGAGCAUCCCUGGUGUUUGAGAACAACAGCUUGGGAAGCCGAGUGGGUCAGUCUUUAGUACCCCCACCACCACCACCACCAGCAGCAGCAGGGACAACACACAGAUAAAUACACACGGGACUUUUGAAGAUCAUUUGCUCCCACGUGCUACUAUACAAGGGUCCAAAUAUCUGGCUGUGGGACGGGAGCGCUGCAUCAGAUACAGUGAAGCUUCUCUGGCCUUCAAGCUCUGCCAGACUGCAGAGCGUCAGAGUUUUUUUUUUUUUCCCAUCAGCCUCUCUGUCCCCGGUCAGAGCUGGAUCGACGGCCGUCUCAACCAGCCACCGGCUGUUUGUUUUUUUCCUGACCUUAACAUCAUCCAACACGUGAAGACCCUGGACAGAAACACAUUGAUGGAUGUUCUUGUUUUUUUGUUUUUGUUUUCAAAAGAGAACUAUAUUGAAAUGAGAUUCUACUUAUAGGAAACAUAUUACCGAACAAACCAGCAAAAGAUAUUUUGAAAUACUUACAAACGAAAAUGUAUUGUGUAAAGGAACUUCCAAGUCUAUGAAUUAUAAUAAUAAUAAUAAUAAUAAAAAAGGCUAAUUUCUUAAAACAAAGU